AUGGAUGGAAUCUUGAUCAUUACCUAUGGAUUUACUCUUCAAACAUCAUCAAUAAGUUUAUGUAGAUUUUCAUCUUUUUUUAAUUAUUUUACUUGUCAAUCUUCAGCUUGGCUUCGAAUAUUUAUUUGUCUUGAUCGAUAUUUAUCCUUAAGUUGUCUCCAACCUACAUGGUUCCAUCGUCCAAAAAAUACAUUUAUUAUUAUAAUAUGUAUUCUUGUAUUUUUUAUUUUAUUCAAUGCUAUAUUCUUCGUCUACGGAUGUUCUUAUAAAACAGAUGGUACUAUACAAGUUCAUUCAUGGGCAUUUUCAAUCUAUCCUCUAUGGGAUUAUAUUAAUUUAGGUGUAUAUAAUUGUAUUCCAUUUCUAUUAAUGGUUAUAUUUAAUAGUGGUGUUAUUUAUCAUUUAAUAACAUUUGGAAAAUUUCGUCGAUAA